CUGGACGUCCGAUUGAUUUGAACAGCUGGCUGAAUUGGAAAGGUCAGGUAGGAGCUGAAUCAUGGUGGCGGUGUUCACGUCCCAGAGCUGUCCAAGAACGAAGAACAACCCAGUGUUUGGACGAUCUUCUUGGUUCUGCUUGUUCUCCGCAACGUGUGCUCUGAGCUGAGCUGAGGCUGUGGCCUGCUCCGGCUGCAGGGAUGCCUGGGCUUCCUGUCUUUCGUAAAACCUCAGUCCUCAGUGCUAGCACGAUUUCCUUUCUCUCUGCUGACUUUUUUUUAAUGGUUCUUUUGGGGUUUCUUUGUCUUGUGGCUCUCAGCAAGAAGAUGAAUCUCAAGGUUGUAUAAUGUAUACAUACUUUGAUGAUAAAUGUACUUAGAAACCAGAGCACCCAUGAUAAUUUGAUUAAAUUCAACAAUAUACUGCAUUUAAAAAUAAUACUUUUAUAUGACAGACACCUCCUUAGAUUUCUGAAACACCUAAAGGACAUAUAACAAAUUGCCUUUAAAAAAACACACACACACAGAAACAAUAUAUACACACACAUUUGGGAAAAUGAUAAAAUAUUGUAGUUAAUUGCUCCUAUGAUGGUCUUUUAUACAUUAAACAGUAAUUGAUGGAGUUAGACAGACAUGGGUCAGGCAGCAUCUGGAAAAAGAGGAGGAAUGCUAGUGGUGUGGAUAGGAUCCUUUAGAACCAAAAUUCAUAUCUAAAUUACAAGCAGUUUGAGGCAUUAAUGGACAUGUAAUAUUGCAGAUUACCCAAUGUAAAACUGGAAGUAGCCUAAUAUAGUGUCUGAUAUCCCUCCUUGAUCAAUCACAGAGCCCAUACUUGCUUGUUUCUGCGGCAGACCCUGUAAGCCAAGUCAUUAAGUUAUAGAAACAUACAGCAUGGAAAUGGGUCAUUCUGUCGACCUCGUCCUGCCGACCAGCAGGCAGUCUCUGUAUUUAAUCCCAUCUCCCAGUACUAGGCUUUCUCUGCCUUGGUGAUUCAAGUACUCAUUCAGUUGCUUCUUAAAUGUUGUAAAUGACCCAACUUCAACCAAUGAGUCAGAAAUGUUAUUCCAGGUUCUUUCCACUCUCUGGGGGAAGAAGGACCCCUCAGAUCUCUUCCCUUUUACGUUGUAAAUUUAAGUCCUUUUAGGUUUAUCUGUCUCUGAUACAGCGAAAGGUUUCCUGCAGUCUACCCUACCUAAGCCCACAUAAUUUUAUUUACCUCAACCAUGUCCCCUUUUCUCCUGGUGACCGAAUUGCAUCAUUCCAGGGAACAUCCUGAUCAAUCUCUUCUGCACCUUCUCCACUUGAUCACGACUUCCUGUAAUGUGACCAAAACUGCACACAGUGUUGCAGAGCUCUGGGCAAUGUUUUAUAAAGUUAGAGCAGAAACCUCUCCCUGCUUCUUGUAUCCAUUGCCCUGAGAAAUGAAGGCCAGUAUCCUUCCAACCUUUGCGUUCCUGUGUUAACACCUUCAACGAUCAAUGAGUGUUGCCAAAAUGAAACAAUGAUCUUCUGAAAACAAAACAAAUGCAACAAAUUGGAAGCAAAAACAGAAAAAGCUGUGAACAUUUUGUAUCUGUGGAGAGAGACAUAGUCGAAGUUUCGAGUCGAAUUAUCUGCAUCAGGAUGGGGUGGGCUUGAUAAAAACAGAAAUUAGUCUUCAGAAUGCAAGUGGGAGUCGACCAGGGUAUUGGGGCAGCACGGUAGUAUACAACAGCACAACGGUUUAUGGUACCAGCAACCCAGGUUAAAUUCCCGCUGCUGCCUGUAAGGGAUUUUGUAUGUUUUCCCCGUGACUGGCAUUGCACAGUUCAAAGAUAUGCAGGUGGUAGGUAGAUCGUUGUCCUGUGAUUAGGGUAGGAUUAAAUCGGGGGUUGCGGGGCAGCGUGCCUCGAAGGGCCUAUUCCACGCUGUAUCUCAAUUUUUAAAAAAAAUAUUUGGAGCAUAAUAAAUACAAAUUCUUAGAGAAAAUUGCAUUAUCUGUUAAAACCACUUGUAACUGUCUCUGUUCACUCAACGUAGUGUAAUCUGUUGCCCAACCUAUUACCACAGUUUCUCAGAAGAAUGAUAAGGUAUUUCCAACAACAAAUUGCUAGUCUGUGUAGCAGGGAUUACAAUGUGGCCAAACUGUUUCCUUUGAAUUGCGCUUUUUUAAAAAAACCUUUUCUCACUGCUUUAACAUUGCAUAAUCAGAUGCUGGCGGUCUGAAAAUUCAAUGCCUGUUUGCGUAGCUUUAAUUAAGUGCGCAUGUAAAAAGGGGGCUGGUUUACUGCUGUUCCUCCUCUGGAAAGCAAGCUCUACAUGGGUGCUGUUGCUCUCAUCGCUUUGAAUUGUGUGAAUUCUGCAGGGAUUAUGUGUUUUCACUGUACUUGAGGACCCAAGGGAGAACGGAACUUGUGUUCCACAAAGACAACACUUGAGUUUAGAAACAUGCCUCACGUGAAGCUUGGCGGGGUAGAUGCGGAGUUAGUAUUUUUGCUGGCUUGAUUGCCUAGGCCUAGGGUCACUGUCUCAAAGUAAAGGAUCAGACGUUUGGGACAAGAACCAUGGGUGAUUGUCUUUGGAAUUUACUGCCCAAUUGGGCUACGGAGGGUCAGUCACUGGAUCACUUUUUAAGCACUAGAUCUUUGUCACUGAAAGACGUACUGAUGGUAAAUUCAGACAUCACUUUGUUCAAUGGAUGGAGUAGAUAGGGUGGAGAGGUGACAAGCAAUUUUUUCCUACUGUUUCUUACGUUCUUAAAACUUGGUUCCCCUUGGAUAAUGUUGCAGACCUCCUGUGAAUGUUAUUCCACGAUACUCAGCUGAGAAUGAGUGAGAAUAAUGAUAGAUGGCCCAGUACAUCACGAGUAAAGCCUCCCCCCCCCCCCCAACCACUGAGCGCACGUACAUGAAACACUGUCGUAGGAAAGCAGCAUCCGCCAUCAGGGACACCUCCACCCAGGACAUGCUCUCUCCUCGCUGCUGCCAUCAGAAAAGAAGGUACAGAAGCCUCAGGACUUGCCCCACCAGGUUCAAGAACAGUUACUACCCCUCAAUUAUCAGGCUCUUGGGGAAAAAAGAAGAUAAUUACACUCAUCUAUUGAGAUGUUUGCACAAACAAGUCCUCGCUUUAAGGACUCUUUAUCUUGUUAGUUCAUGAUCUUGUUAUUUAUUGCUAUUUAUUAUUCCUUGCACUUAUACAGUUUGUUGUCUUCUGUGCUCUUGCUCUUUCUUGAUCCUGUAUUCAAUAGAUUUGCUGAGCUUGCCCACAGGAGAAAGAAUCUCAGGCUUGUAUGCGGUGACAUCUAUUUGGUGCCAUGGCUGUGUCACCUCAUUCCGAAUGGGCCCAGAAGGUCACUGCAUUCCGUGCCAGCCCAACACGUUUCCUUGCCAGUACAACGGCUGAGAACUUUGUGCAAGAUCUACUGAGAAUCCUCACAGAUGAGAAAAUGGGCGAAAAUAUAAAGGUGCAGGUUCUGGCCGUUCUUCAGGAGUUUCCGACUUCGUUGUUCACCAGCUCGCAGUCAGCAGAAAGGGCGGUGGAAUCGAUCUUCAAUAUCUAUUUGCAGCUGCCACUGGUACUUAAGUUACUUACUCUGAAGUGCCAACUACUGCUGUCAGUAACCACCGUGGUAAUUUCCACCGACCAUCUGAUUAGUGAUCAGAAGGUAUUGAAGAACUUGAUGAAGCAGCUGUUGGAUGUGGUGGGUGACUCAAACGAUCACAAAAAUGGUGUGAACUUUAGGCCUCUCAGGGCCAUGGCGUGCAACUGCCUUCAAGAAUUUGAAACUUGCUAUCCAGGUCUGCUGUCGGGGAAACUGGAGCUUCUGUCUACCCUGCGGAAAGAAGAGGUGACUCCAUUGCACCAGGCCUACACGCUGCUGUACAGCCAGGCAUUGAAAAAUGCAAUUCACACCAUCUCACAGGUGCAUAAUGCUUCUGAGGGGGCCAUUCGUGAGAUGCUGGUACGGAAUGAGGGGAUCAAGUGGAAGGUGAUGGAGAAACAACGCGAUUUGGCAGCUGUCACUAUGACAACUAAUUUCUCGUUGAUGACUUCUGCUGAUGAGACAAAGGAGUUGAAGUCUUGUGUAUCGUUACUGCUGGAGGAAUGCUUCCUCCUGACUCCGGUAUCUCAAGCUGUCUUGCUUCGAGAAUUGGCCCAGAUCAUAAUUAUGGUGCACUCACUUUCUCCAGCGAUUUUCAGGUCACAGAUAUUGCGUCUGUUUGGGACAAUGGAUAUAUCCUUACUGCACACCAUAUUGUACAUGAAAACAACCUUCACUGACAGCCUUUUCACAGCUGAGGACGAGAACCUCCUUUUGAAACGACUGGUCGUAAUGGCCCAACACCCACUGCUCAACGUUCCUCUCAGACUCUUCUACCUGGACUGUCUGCUCCACUUUCCUGAAAACCGUCCCAUUAACUCUAACCUGGAGGAGAACCUUCCGGUUACAUUCACCCCAAGGAUGGCGAAUUGCCUGUUCCCCACCCUCUUUAACGACAGCAGUACAAUGCUGGCUCGUCUCAAUCUGUUGAGUCUUGUGUGUCUUGAGAACACAGAGGAAGAAAGAGGGGUCACCGAGCUCUUUGACUAUCUGAUGUCUUUGUACAAACUGGUGGACGUUAGUGGAAACAGGGAGAGAAUAGUAACGUUUUUCCAAGCUAUGUACAUAUUUGUGGGACACUUCUAUUCUAAUGAAGAGUGCAUGUCACAGUUGACUAACCAUAUAGUCCAGUUGUACAAAAAACAUUGCAGCUUAGCUCCACAUAUGAUAAACCUUCUAGAUAGCACCCAAAACCUAUUGGAAGAUUGUAAGUGGUCUGUUUCACUAGCAGGGGCCCUGCAGAAGCUGGUAGUGGAACUGCCAUUUCAGCACUUGACUUCUUCUAAUCUCAUGUGGCACCUUAAGAUCCUGGCUAGAGUGGCCAAAGAAAGCACAAUAGCCCAGAAGGCAACCAUUCAGUUCUUGCUGAGUGCCAUUCAGUCAUCCGACUUGUGUGAGAGGGGGGACUGGCGAAUGGGGAAUGCCAUCCUGUCCGUCUGCAGGAACAUCUUGCAUUGUCAGAAUCUGGAGCCCACCUUCAGGGCCCUGGCAGACCUCUUGCAGCACAUCCACCUCUGGUUCCAAGAUAUCGACAUCCAGGACCACGCUCACUUAUAUUACGUGCUACUCACUUGUCUCUCUGGCGAGAAGCUGGCAAGAGUUGUGGCGGCAGGACCAGGCAACUGUAGUCAGGCCAAGAUGCGCUCCCUUUCCCUGAUGGCAGAAAGCGCAGGGUCCUCGAUCUCUGUUCUUCCAAUUAAGCAUCCAAUACUGCAGCUGACUCCAUUUCCAAAAGACGAUUCUCCCACUGUCAGUCCUCCUGGAGAAACCAGUGACCAGAACCUCGAAAUAGAUUACUUUGAGCAGUACUUGGAGCAGUUUCAUGAUCCUGGAUUUGUUUCUACAAUUGAACAGAAAUUUUAUUUGAGCUUUACAGAGGAAGUCGAUUCUCAUUUUCACAAGCUCUUUACCAUACUUGUACACUUUGACUUGCAGAACUCCCACUAUGAAUCACUGAGUGAUCUUCAUGUACCCUGUCUUCUUUUCAACAAAGAGCCUCAUGUUUUCUCCCUGGUGUUCAAGCCUCGGCUACCCUUCCCUUUCACUUUACACACCAAUGCCAUCUUUACCACAGAGGACGGUGACACCUACUGCAGUCAGCUCAAGCCUGUUGACAUUGAUUUCCCACGGCUCUUCCUGCCCUUCCCAGUGCCUCUCAGUUGGCCAUCGGAUGUCAAGGCUAGCCUUUUUAACAAGCUGUGGGCGUCACUGAUCCAAACUGAAUCCACCCAAUCUGCUCUCAGUCGUUUCUGCUUUAAAAUGGUCCAAAGAUCUCUGUGUGAUCUUGUACAGUCACAUUUUCAGAAGUACGUGGUCUCACAACAUUCAGAACCGGAAUCUUACCAAGUUUUUCUCUUCCUGCCCCCGCGUGUCAAUAUUUUAUUCCAACUAGAACAAAUGGAUGAUAUUGUGAAGGUUGAUAUAGUCACAAAUAACUGGAAACUUUUACCAUUCAUUAAUUCUUACUUUCUGGACAUGACGUCUGAAAAAUAGCACGGAGGCUUGCUGCAAAACUGGUCAUCUGAGUUAGGCAUUGCAGUAAACUAGUUUUAGUGCUAUUCUGGGUGCAAACAUUUUUAUUCAAAGUAUAAAAAUAACUGAACUAUUGCUGAGUGAGAGCUAUCUGUUAAAAGGCACUGUAGGAGAGACAUUUUCAAAUGGAACAUUCAACAUUAUUGCAGUUCUGUCUUGGUUAUUACAAAGGAACAUCUAUAAAGGUCUACCACUAAGGAUAGACUACUAAAAAUGCUGGAAAUUUUUAUUUUUCAGACCAGAACUAUUGCUAUUUUAGUCCUUUAUCUGGUUUGUUAAUCGUAACUCAGGUAAUGAUAGACAUGCUUUAUGCUGACAGAUGCACUUUAAGUUUCACUGUCCAUUGUUUCAGUUCCUUAUCCCUGUAUUGCAGGGGUUCCCAACAUUUUUUAUGCCAUGGACCCCUACAGUUAACUGAGAGGUUACUGAUGGACCCCAGGGUGGGAAUCCCAGCUGUACAGCAAUUCCUUCUGAAUAUUCCGAGAUACCAGCAGGUUAUAUAAUCAGUCUUGGCGCUGAUGCCCAUGCAAAUGGACUGUGGAGAAGAAAUUAAUUUCAGGAAAGGAGGAAGGAAAUGAUGUGUGAAAAAUAGUUGGCUCAAAAUCAUUAUGUGCUGGCAAUUAACACUGAUCAAUAUAUUAGGCUUUCUUUUUAACUUAACUGAUUCAGUAUUGCACAUAAGGAGUAAAAAUAAAUUAUUUUUAUACGGGGCUCAAUGUACUCUCCCAACAUUGAAAAGGAUUUAAUGUUUUCAUAUGACAUAAGGCAGACCAUUUGGCCCAUCACUGUCCCUCAAAGCAUUCCCAACAGUGCCAAUUCCCAUAACCUUUUCACUCUCAUAUGCUCCUUAAAUCCUAACUGGAUUUCCUUUGAAAUUUCAGACUCUUACUUUAUAGACUCUGAAUGGAAGGAAUGGCAAAUCAGCAGUUUCUGAGGGGCUGCUACUAAAUAUGUUUAAAACUGGAAUUCACAGUGUAGAAAAAAUAAGAACUGACAGUUCAAUGUAAACUUGACGCUCGGGCCUUUCUGAAGGAGAUAAAUGAAUGCUGAUAGCACUGGACAACAAAUUUUUUCAAAAGUGUUGCUUCCUCAGAAUUGUUUUUUUCUUUAUGAUAGACCGCUUGAAACUUGACACAGAUAUAGUUUCAGUCUACUUAUAUCACGUAAGAAUUUGGAGAAGCAAGUAAUUAAUUUUUAUUGAAUAUAAUGUGUUCAAUUGUAUAACAGUGCUGACACUUUGCAAUAGUUCAACUAAACUGAAAAUGUUUUGUUGAUGAUUUUCAUUUGUACUCAGUGUCUGUGGAUUCUCACUUAAGUGUCCCAACAGUUGUCUUGAUACCGUUUCUCCAUGACCACAAUCUCACGGUGAAACCUUUCACCAUCCUCGUAACUGACAGCGCUGAGCUUUGCAGGGAAGAAGUCUGAAUGGAAAUGCAGAAAAUGAGUCAUCCGUGAUACAUUGUAUUUAAUGGUUUUGCAUGCUUGAAGGAUGUUGUCAACCAGCUGCAUGUAGCUUGGUGCUCUACAGUUGCGAAAAGAAAAUUUCAGCAACUUCCUUGAAUGUCUUCCAUGCAAUUUUUUUUUUCCGGUCCCACUAGAAGUUCUUCAAAUUGCCUGUCAUUGAUGAGUGGCUUGAUUUAUGGACCAACAAAAAUGCCUUCCUUAAUCUCAGCAACGGAUAUACUGACUUGAAUUGUGAAUUGAAACUAGGUGAUUUUUUUUUAAUGGUGGGUGAUAGGGAAAUUUCAUGGUAAUUUUCAUGAUUUUCAAAAUCCAUAUGAUAUGCCCAAAAGUAUUCGGGAAGCAAAAUGUAUAUUUUUCAGUGAAAUCUGUAUUGCUAAUGUUAAGACAUGUAGCUAUUCUGAUUGUGAUUGUGGUUUGUUAUUUUUAUUUUAUAUAUAUAUAAUUUUUAA